AUGUCGUAUUACCCUAACGAAAACCCGUUCGCCUCUACGCACUCUCUCGACACGAACCCCUUUGAGGACCCAGCCGAUGCUCAGGCGUCCGCGAAUGCCGUACGACUAGAAGAAUUAAGGCAACGGGAGCUAGACCUCCAGCGGAGAGAGCAGGAACUAGCUCAGAAGCAAGAGACCAUUCGGAGGACCGGGCGCAACAACUGGCCGCCAUACUUCCCCCUCAUCUUCCACUCUAUCCGAGAUGAGAUACCCCAAGCCUCGCAGCCGCUUAUAACACGGCUGUACCAGUUGUGGCUGGUCCUCGCUGGAACGCUCGUGGUGAACAUGGUGGCGUGCAUCUGCAUCCUGGCGUCCGGCUCGUCCAACGGUGGUAGCGACCUUGGUUCGAGCAUUGGCUACAUCAUUUUUAUCACGCCAUUGUCCUUCUUGCUAUGGUACCGACCGAUCUACAAUGGCUAUAUGAAAGAACAGGCCCUCUACUACUAUAUGUACUUCUUCUUCGGAGGGUUUCACCUUCUGUUCUCGGUCUACAUGAUCAUUGGAAUUCCGAGCACCGGUUCAGCAGGUCUUAUUCAGACUAUCCAAGCCUUUGGAAAACCCUCCCUUCCUGCGGCUAUCGUGGGUACCGUAGCGACGGUUGGCUGGGUCGUGCAGGGAGUGGGACUGGCGUACUAUUACCGUCAGAUCUGGGCUCACCACAAUGCGGCCGGACACUCCGUCGAGAAGGCGAAGACGGAGCUCGCCGCACACGGCGCGAAGGCGUACUUCACUCGGGGAUGAGAUCAGGCGGACGAGUGUAUGCCAUGACGAAUCUAAUCUUAUCCUGCUCGCGGACAUCGGUGCCCUGUUGUUACUUACGCAUGUUUUCGCUGCCCCCAAUUCCAUCAGGUGUGGCCCGUAUUGUCGUUCCGA